AUGUGUAGUCCAGCGUCUACGCUCCUGCUUAAAAAACAGUUAUGUGAACUGAGUAAAAGUGCAACUGAAGGUUUUUCAGCAGGCUUGGUUGAUGAUGACAAUAUUUUCAAGUGGCGAGUGUUUAUUAUGGGGCCACCAGACACUCUCUAUGAGGGUGGCUAUUUUCAUGCAGAACUAGACUUCCCACAUGAUUACCCCGAACACCCUCCGAAGAUGCGGUUCCUAACUGAUAUCUGGCACCCGAAUAUCGCCCGAGACGGAGAUGUUUGUAUAUCUAUCCUUCACGAGCCUGGAGAAGAUCGGUGGGGCUACGAAAGACCCGAGGAACGAUGGCUUCCGGUGCAUACUGUAGAAACAAUUAUUACUUCUGUCAUUUCUAUGCUUGCCGAGCCUAAUCCUGACAGCCCUGCUAAUGUUGAUGCAGCUAAGGAAUUUAGGGAGGACUUUGCGGAGUUCAAGCGAAAAAUUCGUUUAACAAUGCUUAGUUAUUCGCUAAUGAGUUUUUCAUUGCUAUUUGGUUGUAACGUGCCAUUUGCUUUUUCUUCAGCUAAACAUUACAUCAUUUACUGA